CUGUUCAACCAAAUGGUGUCAAUCCACUUCUUUAUUUAUAAUUAUGAAAUCCGACAUCGAUUUAACGUCCUGAAUUCCAACUUUUAGAUGGCUCCUCACCACCACAGCCACUUCUGGUCCCUACCUUCCUGUGCCUGCAACAGUCAAGCGUUGGCCUUAUUAAGUUUUCUCAGUUGUCGUUUUAUCAGUCACUCGCACACACAUUAUCUCCCUGGAGCUAGUAUCCAGCUAUCCUCAUGUCCGAACAGACCUACCGAGUGUGCUUUUGUUUCCGUCGGCGGUUCCAUAUACCCAUAUCGGAGGCACCGGUGGCUAUCAAAUCUUUGUUUGACCAGUACUCGGAGAAUGGCAUCAUGACUGUUGAUCAUCUCCAACGCUUCUUGAUUGAGGUCCAGCAAGAAGCUAACGCCACCAAAGAGGACGCCCAAGCUAUUAUUGAUAGCGUACUGGACGUCAAACAUUUGAAUGUUUUUCGUCGAAAGGGCCUCAAUCUUGAAGCUUUCUUUAAGUACCUCUGCAGUGAUCUUAAUCCUCCGCUCUCUCCUUCAAUUGGGGUGCACCAUGACAUGACUGCCCCUUUGUCUCAUUACUUUAUAUAUACUGGCCACAAUUCAUAUUUAACUGGGAAUCAGCUUAAUAGUGACUGCAGUGAUGUCCCCAUCAUACAUGCUCUGCAAAGAGGUGUGAGAGUAAUUGAAUUGGAUAUAUGGCCAAAUUCCAAGAAAGAUAAUGUGGAUGUUCUUCAUGGAGGGACACUUACUGCUCCUGUGGAACUUAUUAGAUGUUUGAAGGCUAUCAAGGAGUAUGCUUUUGUUGCAUCAGAGUAUCCAGUUGUUAUCACCCUAGAAGACCACCUUACUCCAAAUCUACAGGCUAAAGUGGCCGAGAUGGUGACUCAAACAUUUGGAGAUAUCCUGUUCACUCCUGGCUCAGAAAGCUUAAAGGAGUUCCCCUCUCCUGAAUCACUGAAGAGACGGAUUAUCAUUUCAACCAAGCCACCAAAAGAAUACCUCGAGGCUAAAUUAGCUAAAGAAAAAGAGAAUGGUUCUCAAAAGAGUAGCAGUGCAGCUGAUGAAGAUGCUUGGGGCAAAGAAGUGCCAAACCUUAAAGGUGUGGACCGUGUGGCUAGUACUGUUGAAAAGGAUAAUUUGGAUGAUGGAGAUAACAACGAUGAUGAAGACGAUAAGUCCCAGCAUUUUGCAGCACCUGAGUAUAAGAAUUUAAUUGCAAUUCAUGUUUGGAAGUCUAAAGGUGGACUAGAGGAAUCUUUGAAGGCAGAUCCUGAUAAAGUGAGACGUCUUAGCUUAAGUGAGCAACAGCUUGAAAAGGCUGCAGAAACUUAUGGAAAGGAUAUCAUCAGGUUUACUCAGCGAAAUAUUCUCAGGGUGUAUCCAAAGGGCAUUCGCAUUGACUCAUCAAAUUACAACCCACUUAUUGGUUGGUCACAUGGGGCUCAGAUGGUUGCAUUUAAUAUGCAGGGAUAUGGUAGGUCUCUCUGGUUGAUGCAUGGAAUGUUCAGAGCCAAUGGUGGGUGUGGCUAUGUAAAGAAACCUGAUUUUCUGUUGAAGGCUGGUCAUCAUAAUGAGGUUUUUAAUCCAAAAGUUAGUUUACCUGUGAAAACAACUUUGAAGGUGAUCAUAUAUAUAGGCGAAGGAUGGCAUCAUGAUUUUCACUAUACUCACUUUGAUGCAUAUUCCCCUCCUGAUUUUUAUGCAAGAGUAGGGAUUGCUGGAGUUCUAGCUGAUACUGAAAUGAAGAAAACAAAGGCUCUAGAGGACAACUGGAUACCUGCUUGGAACGAGGAGUUUGAGUUCCCCCUAACUGUCCCGGAGCUUGCUUUGCUUCGGAUUGAAGUUCAUGAAUACGACAUGUCUGAAAAGGAUGAUUUUGGAGGCCAAACAUGCUUACCUGUUUCAGAGAUACGAAGGGGGAUUCGUGCAGUUCCACUAUACGGCCGCAAGGGAGAGAAAUACAAAUCUGUGAAGCUCCUUAUGCGUUUUGAAUUCAUUUGAUGUUAUUAUUAGUUCUUCACCAGAAGAUCUGGAAAAGAUGUAGAGAGUUGUGCAGUCAUUUUGAAUUUGAUUGUCUACGUUGUUGUGAGUUUGUUUGUUUGUUCAUCUAUACAUAUAUAACACUGCUCGAAUUUUCUACUAUAUGUUUGAGCUGCCCAAUAUUUGUGCUCUAAGAUAUAAUGUGAUGGGAGUAUUAUUGUA